UCCGGUUGUCUGCUUAAGUUUAGCACGUAGAGACUGACAGAGAUUUUGUUAUUGAUAUCCUCAGGAAUUCAGAAAUGGCAAAUGUUCAAGGGAUUGACAAGAUUCAAGAUUCCUUAGGUUAUUUGGUGUUGACUGAAGAAGGAGCAGUUAUUAGUUCAGGUGGAGAUCUUCAGAAUGCUGAGGCAUUAGCUGAUGGACUGACAAAGCUUGUGUUUACAGCCAGUAGAAUACCAGUAUCCCCAGACAGAAGAGAAACUUUUCAGAAGAUUUCAGUGAUAUGGGAAGAUUUCAUGUAUGUAAUCACAGUAUCAAACCACAAGAUAUACAUCUGUAAGAGGCCUUAUUCUCCACAAGACCCAGCUAUUGCUUAAAAAUUUUAUUCGAUGUAUAUGUGAAGCCUUGGUUGAACAGAGUUAAGAGACCAUGCAGGUAUAUCACUCUGUGUAGAGUUUGUGUGUGUCGAGGAGAAACUGGUGCAACUGAUGCCUCUAGUGGCAAUAUAUGUAGGUGCUGGCACAGAGGGACAUCAUCAUAUAUUUAUAUUUGAGUCUAAAUAAAUGCUUCCUAUUUGUGUCAGAAAGAAAAUCUUUACUCAAAAAUGUUCUUAUUUCUCUUGAAUACUGCAUGUAUUUUUUUUAAUGAUAUAUUUAGGCAUGUGCAAUGUUUAUCGGUUUACCAGUAUAUCAUGAUUUUUAUUGCGUGAUAUGUAUUGUGCACAUAUUGUGAUACGGAGACUAAAAUACCGGCAUUUAGUAUGUAAUUAUUAAUUCCAGGAAUAAUUUUUUUUUUGGUUCAACUUCUAGAAGUACAGUUAUAGGAAUUAUACGAAUUGUAAAAAAUGUUGUAAAACAGUAAAACAAUGGCAUCCUAGCAUCCAUACAUGCCUUAUUAAUAUUUGAAUAAAAAUUUUAAAAAAGUGAAGUUAUGUUAUGAAACUAAAUUUGUUAGAAAAAUUAUGAAAAUUCAUUAAAAAUUUAAGUAAAAAUUAUAUGCAAAAUAUCAUAUUUUUGAGAAAAAUCGUGAUAUAUUGUGAUACAAAAUUUUCGGCGAUACCCAUCCCUAGAUAUAUUGACUCUAUUUACUUAUAAAUUUGUUACAGAAAAAUAAUGAAUUUUUCUUACCUACCAACUGAUGUCAAAUAGUGAAUAGCUAGGGUAAAAAGAUUAAAUUUAGAAAUUUUUGUACACUGUUUCAAUAUUUUCUUCUACUGUUGUCCAGAAUUCAAUUUACAUUGAAUGUCAGAUGCAGAUACAUGUAGCUUUGAUUUCAUUCAUUUCUAGUAAACAGAAUACUAGAUUUGCAUUCAGUACAGUGGAUCUUCACAACAUCACAUGUCCCGAGUCCACUCUUGGACUUGGGAUCUCUGACAAACUUCAUUUGAUAUUUAACAAGAUGAUGGCAGCAACAUCUUUCAAGGAAAUUACAAAUUCUGAUUUUUUUUUCAUCUCUCAGCUAAUAACAUCGAGCCUUUCAGAGAAAAUCAACCUGUUACACAUACACUGAAGUGUCAAUUGUUUACUUUUAUUUUUUUUAUGACAACUUUAUACGAAAGCUCCUAUUUGAUUGAGAAAUGAGAGAAGCUGCCCCCCCCCCCACCCCCCAAAGUUUGUCAGCUAGGGUCCCAGAGCAAUAAGUGUGGUUGAAAGAUUUCAUAUGUCAAAUAUGUGACUGUGUAAUAUAAUCAUGUGACAUUUCAUAAAGAAUCAACUUAUCAUGUUGGAUUACAUUAAUGAAAAAACAUAUCUUUAGAUUUGUAAAUAUAAUAAUAAAACAAGACUUCAAUUUUG